GGGCUGCUGGCGUCAGGCACCGCCUGUGCCAACGUUUACCAAGGGUUUUCGGACUGCGUCCUUAAGCUGGGGGAAAACAUGGCCACGUACGAGGAGGCAGACGGCAUCGAGCUGCAGGGGUUGCACCGAGUCUGUGGGUACUGGGAUGAAUUUCACACGUGUGCCCUGACAGUGCUCUGGGAGUGCCAGAAGGAAGCAGCAGCUGUCUGGGAGAUGCUGAGAAGGGAGUCUCGAAAAAUCAAAUUUCAAGGCAGCUUGUUUGACCUCUGCAGUCCCAGCACGGCUCAAAGCUUUGCCUGGACCCACGUUCCCAACGUUUCCCUCCUCAGCAUCCCCCUCAUUGUCACUUGGCUGAACUUAUAA